AUGGACACCUUAGAAGAAAGCUUCACAGUGACCUUCUCCUCUGAUGCUGUGAUUGGAUAUUUAGAAGACAUUAUCAUGGAUGAAGACUUCUAGUUAUUAUAGAGAAAUUUCAUGGAAAACUACUACCAGGAGUUUGAGGACACUGAAGAGAAUAAACUUACCUAUACACUUAUUUUUAAUGAAUAUAUUUCUUUGGCAGAAAAGUACAUAGAAGAACAGUUGCAAGAGCAAAUUCUUAGCUUUAACAUGGCAGCUUUCACAACAUUACAGUGUCACAAACAUGAAGUGAUUGGUGACAUCCUCCAAAAGCUGCUCACAUUUACAGAUUUUCUGGCUUUUAAAGAAAUGUUUCUGGGCUACAGAGCAGAAAAAGAAGGCCAGGAACUGGACUUAAGCUGUGGUUUAGUGGAGACUUCAUUGUGCAAAUCAUCUUCUAUGUCAGCUUCCCAGAAUAAUCUGCGGUACUAGGUCCUACCUCCAGACAAUGAAUGGGAUCAUUCUCGAUGUCACUGGCUCAGUAGGCCAAUAAGCUCAGCUCAUGAUGACAGGAGAAUGUAUCCCAGAAAAACUGAUUCUGUUCUGCAACCCUUCAUUCGCGUUAAGCAUUGAUGGUGGGUA